AUGCCCAUCCUCUUCCCGUCGCAGGGCCUGUUGGCGGACACCUUCGCCCGGUCCUCACCCUUGAGCUUCCGCAAGCCUGAAACGACUGUUUCGCAGAGGUCAAAAUAUCAGGCUCGCUCCGAGCUCUACGGCGCCUGGAGCGCCAUCGACGACGCAAAGCACAAGACUGCCCAGCUCAGCGACGCUGCCGUGAAAGAAUUUGAGAAAGCGAGCAACAAGGCGCAAGCCAAAGCCGGCAAGAUUGAGCUUUAUUCGCCCAAGUACUAUGCGGCUUGUACCUUCGGCGGUCUCAUGGCCUGCGGUCUUACUCACACCGCGGUGACGCCGCUGGAUCUCGUCAAAUGCCGUCGCCAGGUCGAUUCGAAGAUGUACAAGGGCAACUUCGAGGCUUGGGGAAAGAUCAGCCGCGCUGAGGGAUUCCGCGGUAUCUACACCGGCUGGGGACCGACUUUCUGGGGUUACUCUGCUCAAGGUGCCUUCAAAUACGGCGGAUACGAAUUCUUCAAGAAGUUCUACUCCGAUCUUGUCGGCGAACACAACGCCCACAGGUACAAGACGGGGCUCUAUCUUGCCGCUAGUGCUUCCGCCGAAUUCAUUGCCGACAUUGCUCUUUGCCCGUUCGAAGCUGUCAAGGUCCGCAUGCAGACGACUAUCCCGCCUUUCGCAACUGGUACUAUGAACGGUCUAUCGCACAUCACAGGAAAGGAGGGUGUUGCUGGUCUGUACAAGGGCCUUUACCCUCUCUGGGGCCGUCAAAUUCCAUACACCAUGAUGAAAUUUGCCUCCUUCGAAACCGUUGUUGAGAUGAUAUACAACUACCUACCCGGCAACAAGAACGACUACGGCAAGGGCGCUCAGACUGCAGUUUCGUUCACCGGUGGUUACAUCGCUGGUAUUCUCUGCGCUAUCGUCUCGCACCCGGCUGAUGUCAUGGUCUCGAAGCUCAAUGCCAACCGUCAACCCGGAGAAGCCUUCGGUGCCGCUAUGAGCCGCAUCUACAAGGAUAUCGGCUUCAGUGGCCUGUGGAACGGUCUCCCUGUCAGAAUCGUCAUGAUCGGAACCUUGACUGGCUUGCAAUGGAUGAUAUACGACUACUUCAAGAUUUUCAUGGGACUGCCCACGACCGGAGGUGGCGCACCACCCCCAGAGAAGAAGCCUACAGGCCCCCCCUGA